UUUUUGUUUCUCUUCUCAUUUCUCCAUGUCUACACUGUAACUUGCGCUGAAUAUGAAGUGGGUGGCGAUCAUGGUUGGGUUAUACCUAAGGGCAACAACGCUGACCAAAUGUACAACCAGUGGGCUUCUGGCAACAGGUUUAAGCCUGAUGAUACUGUUCGUUUCAAGUACAAGAAAGACUCAGUGAUGGUGGUGACUGAGGAGGAGUACCAGAAGUGCCAAUCGUCUCAUCCACUUUUCUACUCCAACAAUGGCGACACUGUCUUCAAGCUGGAGCGUCCGGGUUUGUUCUACUUCAUCAGCGGCGUUUCCGGGCACUGUAAGCGAGGACAGAAGAUGAUCAUCAAAGUUUUGGAGCCGGCAAGCCCUCCCGAUCAACCCCAGAACCAGAACAGCACCGAUGGAAAGAACAAUGGCUCAGUUCAGAGGCCUUCCAUUGCUUCUCCAAUCAAUGUUAUGCUGCUCGUUAUGUCUUUCCUAGGGUUCAGUUUUUAUUAG